AGCGGGCGCCGCCUUUGGACGCGACGUCGGGCCGACCGGACCAAUGAGCGGCGGCCGUUGAGGAAAGCAUGGGGUGUCAGCAUCUUUGGCAGCAGGAGCAUCAAGAUUGCCCCUAUGGCUUUAAGCUGCCCUUCGACGUCACCUGGCCUGAUGCAGCCAAAGCGCACAGCUACGGCCUCCCGGCGGACGAGUCCAGCGAGGUCUGGAUCUUCGUGAACGUUUUGUACAGCUACGUUCCUUUAACCGUCUUGGUGGUGCACAUGCUACGCUUGAUCGUGGUGCGCGGCAGUCGGGAGCUUUGCAUCGCCUCGGUGCUGAUCUUUACUUUUGUGCUGAACGAGCUCAUUUUAAAGCAGGUCUUUCGACAUCCGCGACCGGAAGAGUCGUGUUGCACGAGUUGCGGCAUGCCAUCCAGCCACUCCGCUUUUGCCCUGAGCUUGUGGGGAUUCCACGCUUACGAACUUCUUUGGCGAUUGCAGCUCAGGCCGUUCAGUUGGGUGGAUUGGGAGCAUCUCAGGGAGUCAGCGAAGGAGGCCCAGCGUGCGGCCAUGCGUUCCUGGGAUGAGUUGGAUGCUUUGCAGUGCCUUUUGCUGUGUGGUUUUUGGACAGUGCUGCUUGGGCCUGUGCCAUUCACCCGGGUGAUUUUGGGCGACCACUCCGUCGAACAGGUGAUGAUCGGCUCCAUAGUGGGCUUGUCCUCCAGCUUGACGGUUUGGAUGGCCGCCCGGGCGCUGCAAAAGAGCCACAACCAUCAGCUCGACGAAGAUUGGUGCUGUGGUGAGCAUCGGCUUAUACGCCACAACAUGGCGUUGCCGCUCAGUUCCGUGCGGCGCCGCCUGCAGCGCGGCACACCGGAGCCGGCGCGGAGGGAGCCGCUUGGAAGGGAAGGUGCGGAGGAGUGGCUUCAAUGGUACAUCGACAAGCUUAGCGCGGAGAUCGACAGGUGCCGCGCCAGAUGGGGAUUGCCUCGCCCUGGUCUCCGUGCGGAAGAUGUCCAUACCAAUGAGCCCACUGUGAACAUCGACAACAUGUGCCGGAGACGGCGCGCAGGCUUCAAAGACAUUUUGCAACACAUGGUGGAAGAGACACGCACCGAAAGGGCACGGGAACGCGAAGAAGCUGAGGCAGCAGCAGGAACAGCCGCUGAUGAACAAGUGGAAGCCGCUCCACCAAAUCAGGAAGUUGCAAGCGCUCCAACCACUACUGCAGACCCCGCACGGGAGCCUUUGCCACAUCCGCCAGAGGACGAGCUUUAUCGGAAUGAAGAAGAACUGAAGAAUUUCCUCGAUGAAUGCGAGGAAUGGAUCCGAGACUGGUGA